ACUAAGUCAGGUCCUGUACUGGUGGUAGAAGGAGAGGACAGCGCCAGGACCAACCCCUGCUGUUAUAACUGCUCUCUCAGGGGACAUUUUGGAUUUGACUGCUCAGUGAGGAGGAUGUUUGGGUGUUUCCCCCCAACUCUCCCUUCAUCAACCAAUAUGACUCUCGCCUUUCGAUCCACAACCGAGAUUACCGAGCUCAGCUCAGAGUUCAAGAGUUGAAGGAUGCAGGCCUGUUCCCGUGUCAGGUCUCACCAGACGGUGACGCCCGAGACGAUCCGCCGGGCAAACGCCAGAGAACCGACUCUAACCCGAGCUACAGGCCGUACCAGAACUACCCCCCUAAACCCUAC